AUGGAUUUCGAUGCUGCUCUACUCAAUGUGCGCCUGAACGCGGCGGCCAUCAAGCAGAAGGCAAAACAAAUACAGGCGAUUGCUCUGGCAUGCGAUGAUCAAGGCAAAAUCUCCGACCUGGUGCUCGCCGUCAGCUGCAUCGACUUGACCACCCUCGCCGGCGAUGACAGCGCCUGCAAUGUUGGCCGACUGUGCUGGCGAGCGCUGAACCCGCUCAGUGCACCGAUUGUGGAGAAGCUGAAGGAAUAUGCAGUGGCACGUGGGACGACCGAAGAAUCACCGAUCACCACCGGAGCGGUGUGCGUCUACCCGACUCGAGCCGCCGAGUGUAAACAGUACAUCGAGGCACUGGGCUCAGCGGAGCUGCCCAUUGCCACCGUCGUUGCCGGUUUUCCCGCCGGCCAGGGCCGCCUGAGCUGCACCCUCGAGGAGAUCAACUUUGCCAUUGGUUCAGGCGCCACCGAAAUUGACAUUGUCAUCAAUCGAACUUUGGCCUUGAAUGGCCACUGGAAGCAGCUGUACGAUGACAUCAAGAGCGUCGCCGACUUGUGCAACGUGCGAAAGGCCCACCUCAAGGUGAUCCUCAGCACCGGCGAGCUGGCCUCGCUGGAGAACAUCUACAAGUCUGCAAGUGUGGCCAUGUGGGCUGGCGCGCACUUUGUGAAGACCAGCACCGGAAAGGAGUCACUGAACGCCAAACUGGUUUACGGCCUGGUCAUGACGCGGGCCAUUCGUGACUUCUACCUGAAGACGGGCAUCCGCGUUGGCCUGAAGCCGGCCGGCGGGCUGAAGGACGGCCUCGAUGCCCUCUACUGGGUGACGCUGAUGCGAACUCAGCUGGGCCCCGAGUGGCUCCACAGUGGCCUCUUUCGCCUGGGAGCCAGCUCGAUGCUGGCCAACAUCGAGGCCGAGCUGUACCGCCUGACGCAUGCUGGCUGCAGUGCCGCCGCCGGUCAGCUUUCAUUCUAA